AUGCUUACGGACCGCAGGAUUCUUGUUGAGGCCGAGCCUGUAGUGACGACUCCCGCACAGCCGCAUACAGUGCCCCUUACUAUCAUAUGUGGAUUCCUCGGUGCAGGAAAGUCCACGCUUGUCAAACGUAUCUUGACCGAACGCCAUGGGUACAGGAUUGCCGUGAUCAUGAAUGAGUUCGGGGAUACGGCUGUAUUAGCGAGGACAAUCAAUGUUUCGUCUGCCGAGGAUCCCGCCGCAGAGCAGUCCGAAGAGUUCCUGGAGCUUGCCAAUGGAUGCCUGUGCUGCAGCAUCAAGGAUACAGGUGUUGCUGCCAUUGAGAAGCUGAUGCAGCGGAAGGGUGCAUUCGAUCACAUCCUACUAGAGACUACCGGUCUUGCAGAUCCAGCAGGUCCGAUUGCAUCCAUGUUCUGGCAAAAUGAAGAAUUCGCUAUGGGCUUAGGCAGAGAUAUUCACCUCGACGGUGUCGUUUGUGUCGUAGAUGCGGUCUUUGGUCGUAAGCAAAUGGAAGAAGACCACUCUGAUGAUGGCAUUGGCGAAAGCCUCAGACAAAUCGCUGGAUCUGACGUUAUCAUACUAAACAAAGUCGAUCUCGUAUCUCCUGCAGAAGUUGAGGUCACGGAGGAAAUCAUUCGUAAACUCAACCCUGCAGCCGCAAUCCACAAGACAGUCAGAGGAGAGAUUGACUUGAAAUACAUCAUGGGCAUCGACGCAUAUACGUCUCAGCCACUGCUCCAGCAGUCGCAUAUCCAUGGCGAAGGCCAUGGGCAUGACCAUGACCAUGGUACCCACGCUCACGAACCCACGCACUACGAGAUCAGGGGCAUUUCAAGCCUGCAAGUUGAUUGUCCCUCUUUGACGACAGCUCAGCUAGACAGGUUGGACGAAUGGAUCAGGAGCGUCUUGUGGGAGAAUCAACUGCCUGGUACAAAUCCAGCAGGAGAGUAUGCAGCACCUGCGCUCCAAGUCUUGCGCUGUAAAGGGAUGUUUGCGGUGAAGGAUGGCAAGACAUACGUCCUGCAGGGCGUGCGGAGCCUGUACGAGAUUUCAAAGGUGGCGCCGGGACAGGAAGAGGAUGCGAGUGUGCCCGUGAUGGGAAAGGUCGUAUUCAUCGGAAAAGGGCUUGACGAGACGGUACGGCGGAGCAUUGAGGCUGUACUUCACACAUAG